AUGUUGCAGGUCAAGGGGUAUGCACUCUUCUUGCGGGGAGAGGCUGGGCCCAUAGUUCGACCCUGGCUCCCUCAAGAAUGCCACACCCCAUGGCUGGCGGCUUUUGCAGCAGUUCUAGUGUUGGGAGGCCUCCUCCUGCUCGCACUGCGGCCUCGGAGCAUCUACCUGCUGGAUUUUGUGUGCUACCGUCCCCCCGACGAGCUCAAGGUCACUUAUGACCGCUUCAUGCAGGGCUCUGUCGACUCAGGGUUCUUCGACGUUGAGGCCCUGGACUUCCAACGCCGCAUCCUGAACAAGUCUGCCCUGAGCCAGGAGACCUUCUUCCCCCCCGGCCUGCAUGCCAGCCCGCCGGAGGUUAGCAUGGCCAGUGCCCGUGAGGAGGCCAGCCUGGUCAUGUGCUCGUCCGUGGAGCAGCUGCUGAAGAAGACAGGCAUCACUGCCCGCCAGGUGGAUGUGCUGGUGACCAACUGCUCUCUGUUCAACCCCACGCCCUCCCUGGCCGCCAUGGUCAUCAACAGCCUGGGCAUGCGCAGCGACGUCGACUCCUACAACCUGGCGGGCAUGGGGUGCUCGGCGGGGGUCCUGGCCGUCGGCCUGGCCAGCAAGCUGCUCAAAGAGCGGGGUCGCGGGGGCUACGCCCUGGUGGUGUCCACGGAGAACAUCACCCAGAACUGGUACCGCGGCCGCGAUCGCUCCAUGCUCAUCCCCAACACCAUCUUCCGCCUGGGCGCCGCGGCCGUGCUGCUCACCAGCAGCGCCUCCGAGCGGCGGCGCUGCAAGUACAGGCUGGAGCGCCUGGUGCGCGUGCACCUGGGCGCCGACGACGCCGCCUACCGCUGCAUUUUCCAGGCGCCCGACGCCGCGGGGAGCAUGGGCGUGGCCCUGUCCAAGGACAUCGUCAAGGUGGCCGCGCGCGCCAUGACCGCCAACCUCACGCGCCUGGGGCCCCUGGUGCUGCCAUGGAGCGAGAAGCUGAUGUUUGCGUUCAACUGGGUGGCCAGGCAGGUCUGCCAGCCGGGCACCGUCGCGCCCUAUGUCCCAGACUUCACGCGGGCCUUCGAUCACUUCUGCCUCCACGCCGGCGGGAGGGGCGUCGUGGAGGGGCUGAGCGCGCAGCUGGGGCUCAGCCCGACGCAGAUGGCACCCAGCGCCAACACCCUGUACUGGUAUGGCAACACCUCCAGCAGCACCGUCUGGUACAGCUUUGGGUUCUGUGAGGCCGUCACCGGGGUCAAGCGCGGCGACGUCGUGUGGCAGAUUGCUUUUGGCUCUGGGUUCAAGUGCAACUCCGCGGUGUGGCGUGCGCUGCGGAACAUCAACGACAAGGACCACGCCGCGUGGCAGCACAUCGUGGGCAGGGAGGGGGAGGCGAUGGCCGUGCUGGCUGCCCUGGCCAGCGCGCCCAAGGAAGACGGGCGGCAGGCAAACGGCAGCGUCGCGCCCAAGCAGGUGGAGGUGUCCUGCGCGGAGCCAGACGCGCCGACGCUGCAGCCCAGCAACGGGCACCGGAUCGAUGGCGUGGCCAAGCGCGUGACGCGGUCCAGCAACGGGCACGCCACCAACUGA